AUGGGGGAAAACGAUGAUGAAAAAUACAAUCAAGCCGGCCAGAUAUUUGAAAACUUUGUACAAGCAUCAACAUGCAAAGGUACUAUUCAGGCCUUUAAUAUUCUUACUCGCCAACUUGAAUUGGAUCCUUUCGACAACAGGAACUUUUACACCAAGCUGAAGUCAAGAGUGAACACGUGGAAGGCCAAAGCUUUGUGGAACAAGCUUGAUAAAAGAGCAAGUCACAAAGAGUAUAAACGUGGAAAAUCUUGUAUGAACACUAAGUGUUUAAUUAUUGGAGGUGGCCCAUGUGGCUUGCGAACUGCCAUUGAACUUGCCUUCCUGGGAGCCAAAGUCGUCGUCGUGGAAAAGCGGGACACUUUUUCAAGAAACAAUGUGUUGCAUCUCUGGCCAUUUACAAUCCAUGACCUCCGGGGACUGGGAGCAAAGAAAUUUUAUGGAAAAUUCUGUGCAGGAUCUAUUGAUCACAUCAGUAUUCGACAACUUCAACUUAUCCUCUUUAAAGUUGCACUCCUCCUAGGAGUUGAAAUCCAUGUGAAUCUCGAAUUUGUGAAAGUCUUGGAACCUCCCGAAGAUCAAGAAAACCAAAAGAUAGGUUGGAGGGCUGAAUUUCUUCCCAUGGAUCACCCUUUGUCAGAGUAUGAAUUUGAUGUUAUUAUUGGUGCAGAUGGCCGCAGGAACACAUUAGAAGGCUUCAGGAGGAAAGAGUUUCGUGGGAAACUGGCUAUAGCCAUCACUGCCAAUUUUAUAAACAGAAAUACAACUGCAGAAGCCAAGGUAGAAGAAAUUAGUGGUGUUGCUUUCAUCUUCAAUCAGAAGUUCUUCCAGGACCUUAAGGAGGAAACAGGAAUUGACCUGGAGAAUAUUGUUUACUAUAAAGAUAGCACUCAUUAUUUUGUGAUGACAGCAAAAAAACAGAGUCUUCUGGACAAAGGAGUGAUUAUUAAUGACUAUAUCGAUACUGAGUUGCUCCUCUGUGGGGAAAAUGUGAACCAGAGCAAUUUGCUGUCCUACGCCAGAGAAGCUGCUGACUUUGCAACAAAUUACCAGCUGCCUUCCUUGGAUUUUGCAAUUAAUCACUACGGGCAACCAGAUGUAGCAAUGUUUGAUUUUACUUGCAUGUAUGCUUCUGAAAAUGCUGCACUAGUGAGAGAGAGGCACAGACAUCAGCUCCUGGUGGCACUUGUUGGAGACAGCUUGCUUGAGCCCUUCUGGCCAAUGGGUACUGGCUGUGCAAGAGGCUUCCUAGCUGCUUUUGAUACUGCAUGGAUGGUGCGGAGCUGGGCGCAAGGAAAACCCCCCUUAGAAAUCCUUGCUGAGCGAGAGAGCAUUUAUCGACUCUUGCCUCAGACUACCCCUGAAAAUAUUAACAAGAACUUUGACCAGUAUACCAUUGACCCUGGAACAAGAUACCCCAACUUGAACUCAAGCUGUGUUCGGCCUCACCAGGUGAGGCAGUUAUAUGUUACCAAUGAGUUACAACAAUGUUCUCUGGAAAGAGUAAGCUCCAUUAGAAGAUCAGUGAAUCUCUCAAGACAUGAGUCAGAUAUUCGACCUAACAAGCUUUUGACCUGGUGUCAGAAACAGACAGAAGGGUAUCGUAAUGUUAACGUCACAGACCUGACUACCUCCUGGAAAAGUGGCCUUGCUCUGUGUGCGAUUAUCCAUCGCUUCAGACCUGACCUCAUUGACUUUGAUGCUCUGAACGAAGAGGAUGUUGUCAAAAACAACCAGCUGGCAUUUGAUGUUGCUGAGCAGGAGUUUGGGAUCCCCCCUGUGACCACAGGGAAGGAGGUGGGGUCAGCCGGGGAGCCCGACAAGCUCAGCAUGGUCAUGUACCUCUCCAAGUUCUAUGAACUGUUCAGGGGCACACCUCUGCGGGCAGUAGAUGCUGGUGACAAGCAAAAUGGAGAAAAUAAUGAUCUUUGUUCAGCAAAAUCAUCUAACUUCAUCUUCAAUAAUUACAUCAAUUUAACUUUACCAAGAAAACGAGUACCAAAGGUUGACGGGAAAACAGAAGAGAAUGAGACUAAUAAAAGACGUCGAAAAGGUCUUUUUGGUGUCUUUGAUGAGGCCUCUGGCUUUUCAAGCCAAGGGACCAAUGCUGGGAAAGAGCAGAGCGAUGGCAGAGAAGGCACGAACCAGAAUAAAGUUAAAUCAAUGGCAACUCAACUGUUGGCAAAGUUUGAAGAGAAUGCUCCAAAUACAAUUCUUCGGAGGCAGGAGCCAAUAGUUAGACCAGCCCUGCACUCUUCUGACCCUCCUGUUAAUCCUCGCUUUGCUAAACCUAAGGAUCUAAGUCUUCUUCCACCUCAACCAAAAAGGCAGUUUCAGGUGGUAGCUAGGAGUGAACACGAGGUCAGGGAACCCAAAAAGUCUUUAAAUGGUUCUGAUCAUAUGGCCAGGAGAGAAAAGACUGUACAAAAAACAGAUACUCAGCCCAGUCUGUCAGAAACCUCUGAAAAUCUCGCAUCUGCCUGUUCUGCUGCAUUUGUACUUUCUGGAGUGCUUAAGCGUCUUCAGCACCUGGAGGAAAAAAUGAAACAGAGAAGAGCUCAGACUGUAGCAAAUAGGGAGUUCCAUAAAAAGAACAUUAAAGAGAAGGCAGCGCAUCUUGCCUCAAUGUUUGGAUACAUGGAAUUUCCAAAGAAUAAGCUACCUACUAAAGGCUUAUCCCAUUCUCAGCCCCCAACUCCCACUUGCCCUCAGCCUCAUGAUUCAGCUGCUGCCUCUUCUCCAUCAUCUGUUGAUUCAGCUUCCCCUGCUGUUCCUUCUAGACAGAUUGCUUCCAUGGGUGGAGAACAGAAAUCAACCAACCUUAUGAAUUGCAAGAUGACUGUAGGAAAGGUCUCACGUGCAAUUGGAGCUGUGGCUGAAGUUCUUGUCAAUCUCUAUGUGAAUGAUCACAGACCCAAGCCACAGCUUCCCCCCCUUGAACUGAAGCAGUCUCUGGACAGAGCUACAGGUCCCUGCCCCAUUCCUCACUGUCAAUCUCCUGCCGCCACUGCUCAGAGCUGUCAGGUAUCGGGAAGUGAAGGAUCUCUGCGAAAAGAAUUUCCUCAGUCUAUUGGAGGGAGUGACAUUUGUUAUUUCUGCAAAAAACGGGUAUAUGUUAUGGAGCGGCAGAGUGCAGAAGGCCACUUCUUUCAUAGGGAGUGCUUCAAGUGUGAAAAAUGUUCUACAACACUCCGUUUAGGAAUUUAUGCCUUUGAUGUUGAAGAAGAUAAAUUUUACUGUAAAGCUCAUUUUAAGCAGUGCAAAAUCAGCAGUAAACACAGAAAGAGAAGAGCAACAUUACAGCUCCAGGGAAAGGAAGCCACAGAAGCAUGGAAGAAAGAGGAACACACAGAGACCACCACAGAAAGCACUUUGUCUACUGCUAGCAGUCCAGAGGACAGGUCCCCAGUCCAAUUCAUCAUUCCGGUGCUGCACCCACUCACUGACUGA